AAUUUUCGGAAAUAUACUGAGUCUGAUGUCCUCUUCAAACCUAAUAUACAAAACUCUCUCUGUUUCGUCCUUAAACCCUUCACACUCGCUACACUUCCACUUCCUCCACUCAAAACCCUAACAUACAAUGUCUCCCUCCCUAGCUCUUCGCCGCGUCCGUCACCUCUCAACAGCCACCUCCGCCUCCGUCAAACCCGUGACAAUUUCCCAGACCAAGAACAAACUCAGAAAAGUAUACGACCCCGACGAGGCCCUCAAGAUUUACUCCACUUUCACCACCGCCAACGACCCCUCCACAUCGCCUGCCUCCACACGCUACGCCCAGGAAUUAGCUGUCCGCCGCCUCGCCAAAUCGCACCGCUUCGCCGACAUCAAGACCUUCCUCGAGUCCCACAAAUCUCAACCCCAAAUUACACAUGAGCCCUUCCUCUCGUCCCUCAUUCGAUCUUACGGCGUCGCUGGAAUGUUGGAAAAUGCCCUCAAUACUUACAACCAAAUGACCGAUUUGGGCACCCCUCGGUCUUCGCUUUCCUUUAAUGCCCUCCUCGCUGCUUGUGUUAACACCAAGACUUUUGAUCGCGUGCCUGUUUAUUUCGAUGAAUUUCCUGCCAAAUUUGGGUUUCAGCCAGAUAAGUUUUCGUAUGGAAUAUUGGUCAAGGCUUACUGCGAGAUGGGCUCGCCCGAGAUGGCAAUGCAGAGGUUGAGUGAAAUGGAGGAGAAGGGGAUUGAGAUUGGCGUCGUUUCGUUUACCACGAUUUUGCACUCGUUGUACAAGGAGGGGAGGAUUGAUGAGGCCGAAAAGUUUUGGGAUGAGAUGGUGACUAAAGAGAGAUGCACGCCGGAUGUGGGAUCCUAUAAUGUGAAACUUUGGCAUAUUCACAGCGGGAAGCCGGAAGUUUUGAAGGCGUUGCUCGAGGAAAUGGAUAAUGCUGGAAUAAAACCAGAUACUAUUAGUUAUAACUAUUUGAUUACUUGCUAUUGUUUAAAUGGGAUGAUGGAUGAAGCCAAGAAGGUGUAUGAUGAUCUGUCAAAGGUGAAAGGGUUGAACCCGAAUGCAGCUACUUUUAGGACUUUGGUCUUUCAUCUGUGUAAGAAGGGACGGUUUGUUACCGCGUAUAAGGUUUUUAAGAAGAGUGUGAAGGCGCACAAGAUUCCGGAUUUUAACACUUUGAAGUAUUUGUUAGAGGGAUUGGCUAAGGAGGAGGGGCAUAUGGAUGAUUGCAAAGCUAUGAUCAGGACUAUGAACAAGAAGUUCCCUCCUAAAUUGUUGAAGGCUUGGGGGAAACUCGUGGAAGAUCUUGGGUUGGCUAAUGUUGGUAAUGAAGAGGUCAAUUCUGGUGAGAUAGAAAUAGGAGUUGAUUCUGCUGAUGCAGAAAAGGCCAGUACAUGAGUUUGGUCUCUCUUGAAUAGGGAUUAGAUUGUUUUUUGUACAACUUCUGAUUGAUUGAGUAGAUUGAAUUUCGAGUUGUAAUCAAGCUUCAAGUCCAAGAAUUUGGCAGUGCUUCUUGCUUGAUCCCAGAAGAUGAUAUUUUGAGAUUAUGUGGAGUUUUUGUAGUGCAGCUGAAGAUACUAAGAACAUCAAAACUUAUUUGGUCUCUUAUGCUUUUCUCGGGUGCCCUGUGCCUGCGCUUGGCUGUAGUCUUGGGCUGAUAAACUCACUUGCUGUUUGCCACCUUACGGAGAAGUUCUAAUUUCUUUUCCAAUAAUGUAGUAGGAUAUUUCUUAGAAAUAUUGAAAAGAUUUCGACUUCA